AUGGUCAACAAAAAAUACAAAUUAUUGUUCAGCAAAGAGACUAAAGAUUAUUUAAUGAGUACACAUUUCUGGGGACCGGUAUUCAACUGGAUGAUACCUAUAGCAGCUAUAGCAGACACGCAAAAGCAUCCAAGGAUCAUUAGCGGCAAGAUGACUUUGGCCCUUACGUUAUACUCGAUGACGUUCAUGAGAUUCGCCUUAAUGGUUAAACCAAGGAACAUGUUACUAUUCGCAUGCCAUGGGACUAAUGUAGCAGCACAAUUAAUACAAGGAUAUCGAUAUCUUGCUUAUCAUUACGGUUCGAGGCCACUGGAGGAAGAAUAA